CCUCUCCUCUCUUUAAAUUCCGCUAAUACCCUUCUCACUUUCACUCUUAUAUUUCAUUAAAACCUUUUUUAUAUUUCCUCUACCUCAAAGUUUGAGAGAAAGAAAGAGAGAGAGAGAGAGAAUGGAAGUGGAAGAAGAGGUCUCAAGAUGGGAAGGCUACGCCGAUUGGAGAAACAGAGCCGCCGUGAAAGGCCGUCACGGUGGCAUGCUCGCCGCCUCGUUCGUCUUAGUGGUGGAGAUAUUAGAGAAUCUAGCGUAUUUAGCGAAUGCGAGUAAUCUCGUGCUAUACCUAAGAGAGUACAUGCACAUGUCUCCAUCGAAAUCGGCAAAUGACGUCACCAAUUUCAUGGGCACAGCUUUUCUCCUAGCUCUCCUCGGUGGUUUCCUCUCCGACGCUUUCUUCUCCACUUUUCAUAUCUUCCUCAUCUCAGCCUCCAUCGAGUUUUUGGGAUUGAUCAUACUCACAAUUCAAGCUCGUACACCGUCUUUAAUGCCUCCAUCGUGUGAUAGUCCCACGUGUGAGGAGGUGAGUGGUUCGAAGGCAGCGAUGUUCUUCGUGGGAUUGUACCUAGUGGCUUUGGGUGUGGGAGGGAUUAAAGGUUCAUUACCAUCUCAUGGAGCAGAACAGUUUGAUGAGAGUACACCUAAAGGUCGGAAACAGAGGUCAACGUUCUUUAACUACUUCGUGUUUUGUCUUGCUUGUGGCGCACUCGUGGCGGUCACGUUUGUGGUUUGGUUAGAAGACAACAAAGGAUGGGAAUGGGGAUUCGGUGUUUCUACCAUUGCUAUCUUCGUCUCGAUUCUCAUCUUUCUCUCUGGAUCAAGAUUUUAUAGGAACAAGAUUCCAUGUGGAAGCCCUCUCACCACAAUCUUGAAGGUUCUUCUUGCAGCUUCCGUUAAGUGCUGCUCGAGUGGAAGUUCAAGCAAUGCGGUUGUGAGUAUGGUCGUGAGUCCCUCUAUUCAUUGUGUACCAAAGGGGAAAAAAGAAGUUGUUGUUGAAUCACAAGGAGAAUUGGAAAAGCCGCGUCAAGAAGAAGCCGUGCCUCCUCGGGCACAACUAACUAACAGUUUGAGAAUCUUAAAUGGAGCUGCGGAUGAGAACCCUGUCCAUAGAUUGUUAGAAUGCACAGUCCAACAAGUGCGAGACGUGAUUGUCCUGAAAAUGCUUCCGAUAUUUGCUUGCACUAUCAUGCUUAACUGUUGCUUAGCUCAGCUCUCUACAUUCUCCGUCCAACAAGCUGCUUCUAUGAACACAAAGAUAGGAAGCCUAAAAAUUCCUCCAGCUUCCUUACCGAUCUUCCCCGUCGUUUUCAUCAUGAUCCUCGCACCUAUCUACGACCAUCUCAUUAUCCCAUUUGCUAGAAAGGCAACCAAAACAGAAACGGGAGUCACUCAUUUACAAAGAAUCGGAGUAGGUUUAGUUCUUUCGAUAUUAGCAAUGGCGGUUGCAGCUCUGGUAGAAAUCAAACGGAAGGGAGUGGCCAAAGACUCCGGCUUGCUUGACUCGAAAGAAACCUUGCCCGUCACUUUCCUAUGGAUCGCGCUUCAAUAUCUUUUCCUAGGAUCAGCUGAUCUAUUCACACUAGCUGGACUAUUAGAGUAUUUCUUCACAGAAGCACCUGCCUCUAUGAGAUCUCUAGCGACAUCGCUAUCGUGGGCUUCCUUGGCAAUGGGGUAUUACCUAAGCUCAGUGAUCGUAUCCAUAGUAAACAGCAUCACAGGGAGCUCAGGCAACACACCUUGGCUCAGAGGAAAGAGCAUAAACCGUUACAAACUAGACUACUUCUAUUGGCUAAUGUGUGUUCUUAGUGCAGCUAACUUCUUGCACUACCUCUUCUGGGCAAUGCGUUACAAGUAUAGAUCAACAGGUUCGAGAAGCUAAAAUUGGGUGGUCAACUUUUGAGUUUGAAGGGUCUUUUUUUUUAUUAGAGCUGAAAAUGUUUUUACUUAAGCGGCUGUUAUAUAGGAGAUGAUAAAUGGGGGCACGUAGUGAUGUUGUGAUCAAGUAAAUAUUGGGGGUUUGGAGUUUUUAUCGUUGGACAAGGAAUGUACAGCGAAUGAUAUUAACUUGCUUUAGUCUUACUUUUGAACGGUUUCUUGUGGUGCACGAAAUUGAUGAGUGAAGCUGUUAUGUUUUGAUAUAUUCACAAAGGUUGAUUUUGGAAA